AUGCCGGGCUACCAACCGUACUUUAAAAUCCCAAAUCAGAACACCCUGCCUGAUGAAAAAGAAUGUGUAAUUGAUGGAUGUGAAAAGUCCUUUAAAGCUCAGUAUGCAGCAAUAUCCUUUUCGUAUUUCUCCUUCAGCCAGCAGCCGUCUGUUUGUAAGACAGCUUGUCACCUGCAGCAGCGCGCCCAGCGCCUUUGCAACUUCACAAAUGCACGGGCCCACACGUUCUCCUUUGAUUGCUGGCUGAUAGAACGAAACACAAGGCUCCGAGUUGUCCAGUGCCGGUCUGGCUCUCACUUGCGCUGGGCUGUCUCUGUGGAGCUCAACGUUCUGCAAGGGCUGAACGAUCAAGUCGCUGACAUGGUUUACAAGACCAUCGAGAACAUCAAGGUGGGCCUGCAUGAGAAGGAGCUCUGGAAGAAGUUCCACGAGGCGGGCACGGAGAUGAUCAUCACCAAGGCGGGCAGGAGGAUGUUCCCCAGCUACAAGGUAAAGGUCACGGGCAUGAACGCCAAGACCAAGUAUAUCCUGCUGAUUGACAUCGUCCCUGCAGAUGACCACCGCUACAAGUUCUGUGACAACAAAUGGAUGGUGGCAGGGAAGGCUGAGCCCGCCAUGCCAGGAAGGCUCUAUGUCCACCCGGAUUCUCCGGCUACUGGGGCCCACUGGAUGCGACAGCUGGUCUCCUUCCAGAAGCUGAAGCUGACAAACAACCACUUGGACCCUUUCGGCCACAUCAUCCUCAACUCCAUGCACAAGUACCAGCCGCGGCUACACAUCGUGAAGGCUGAUGAGAACAACGCUUUUGGCUCCAAAAACACAGCUUUCUGCACCCACGUGUUUCCAGAGACGUCCUUCAUCUCCGUGACCUCCUACCAGAAUCACAAGAUCACACAGCUGAAAAUUGAGAACAACCCUUUUGCCAAGGGAUUCCGGGGUAGUGACGACAGUGACCUGCGUGUGGCCCGGCUGCAGAGCAAAGAAUACCCCGUGAUCUCCAAAAGCAUCAUGAGGCAGAGGCUCGUCUCCACCCAGCUGGCGGCGAAGCCCGAUGUCAGCCCCCUGCAUGGCCCCCACCAGGCGCUGCAGCACUACCAGUACGAGAACGGGGCUCACAUGCAGUUUGCUGGGGCCGAGCCACAGGACCUUCCCCUCAACACCUUCCCGGCCCAGAGGGAUUCAAGCCUCUUCUAUCACUGCUUGAAAAGACGAGACAACGCCCGCCACCUGGACCUACCCUGCAAGCGCUCCUACCUGGAAGCCCCCUCUGCAGUGGGGGAGGAUCAUUACUUCCGUUCGCCCCCUCCCUACGACCAACAGAUGCUGAGCCCCUCCUACUGCAGCGAGGUGACCCCAAGAGAAGCCUGUAUGUACUCGGGUUCAGGGCCUGAGAUUGCCGGGGUGUCUGGGGUGGACGACUUGCCCCCACCCCCCCUGAGCUGUAACAUGUGGACGUCAGUCUCUCCGUACACGAGCUACAGCGUUCAGACAAUGGAGACUGUGCCUUACCAGUCCUUCCCCACGCACUUCACCACCACCACUAUGAUGCCUCGGCUGCCCACUAUCUCUGCUCAGGGCGCCCAGCCACCAGGAAACACCCACUUCAGUGUCUACAAUCAGCUCUCCCAGGCUCAGGGCCGAGAGCGCGGGCCCACCUCCGCCUUCCCGAGGGAGCGAGGCCUCCCCGCGGUGUGUGAGAGGAAGCCACCCUCUCCACACCUGAACGCUGCCAACGAGUUUCUCUACUCUCAGAGCUUCUCCCUAUCCCGGGAAGCUUCCGUACAGUACCACCCAGGAAUGGGGACUGUGGAGAACUGGACUGACGGAUGACUCCCAGGUCCCUCGACAGCCCCAGGACCAUGUUGAUCCAGCACUGACCUCUGUGGGUGGCCUGCACUACCAAGAAACACAGGAAGGUAGUUAAAGGGUGGGCUGUGUGCAUGUGUGUGUGUGUGCACAUGCAUUUGGAGAGCCUUGAUCUUUUGCCAUACAAUUGAGGCCAUGACAAGGAACAAAACACAACUGUCUAGGAUGUGCUUUUGGCUGUAGGACCUGAGUCCUUUGUUAUCUGGCAUCUCUUGAACAUGCCCACGGGUGGGAUGGAAGUGGGGAGUUCAUGUGAAAUAUUCAGAGAUUUUAUAAUAUAAUAUUUGACUUACUCAGGGCCAGGUGAUGAGGUCCCUCCGACAGGAAAGGUGGGGGAGGAUUCUCUUCGCUGGGGUGGGAGGGCUCUGUGCACACCUUAGUGGUCCUGGCCUUCUCUUUGCAAGGGGG